AGACAAUAUAUGUAAAGUACUUAGCUGAGUGCUCAGCUCAAGGUAAAGUGCUCAGUAAAUGGGAGCUGUUAGAAUGCCUGCCACCAUCACCACCAUCAUCUCCUCCCUGGCGGGGAGGUGGAGGGGACCUCUGCUAGCUCUGGUACUGACACUGUUCUCCCUGCGGACAGAACUGCCCAGACCUUCAUCUGCGUGGUUUGAAGCAGAAUUUUUCUACCACGUCCUCCACUGGACUCCCAUCCCGAAUCAGUCUGAAAGUACCUACUAUGAAGUGGAGCUCCUGCGGUAUGGAGUAGAGCCCAUCUACUGGAACCCCAUCCGCAGCUGUAGCCAAACCUUGGUGCUGUCCUGUGAUCUCACCAUGCAGACCCUGGACCUGUAUCAUAGCAAUGGUUACCGAGCCAGAGUCCGGGCAGUGGACGGAGGCCAGCACUCAAACUGGACCUCUCCCAACACCCGCUUCUCUGUGGAUGAAGUGACUCUGACAGUUGCCGGCGUGAAGCUAGAGGUGCACGAUGGCAUCAUCUUUGGGGUGAUCCAGCUCCCCAGGCCCAAGAUGGCCCCUGCAGGCGACACAUAUGAAAGCAUCUUCCACAACUUCCGGGAGUAUGAGAUUGAGGUUCGCAAGGUACCAGGACGAUAUAAGUCCCAUGACAAGAUAAAACAUGAAAACUUUAACCUCCCAGUCCCGAGAGGGGUGGGAGAGUUCUGUGUCAGGGUGAAACCAUCUGUCAGCUCCCGAGUGAACAAGGAGGUCUGGUCCAAGGAGGAGUGCAUCGUGCUCACCCCGCAGUAUUUCACCGUGACCAACCUCAGCAUCUUCUUCACCUUUGUCCUGCUGCUCUGUGGAGCCCUGGCCUUCUUCCUGGCCCUCCAGCUGUAUGUGCAGCGCCGGGGGAAGCUGCCCACCGUCCUGGUCUUCAAGAAGCCCAGUCCCUUCAGCUUCAUCAGCCAGCUUUCCUGCCCAGAGACCCAAGACACCAUUCACCCCCUCGAUGAGCAGGCCUUCCCCAAGGUGUCCCCAGAGCUGAGGAACUCGGAGCUGCACGGCAGCACGGACAGUGGCUUCAGCAGUGCCAAGCCAUCCCUGCAGACUGAUGAGCCCCAGUUCCACCUCCCUGCCCCCCACCCCCAGGCUGGGGGUACUUUGGGAAAGGGGGCGCCCCGGUUGCCGGAGGACAGCUGCAGUAGCGGCGGCAGCAAAAGUACAGACAGCGGGAUCUGCCUGCAGGAGCCCAGCUGGGAGCCGCAGGCGGGGAGCGACAGCCGGGACCAGCUUGACAGUGGCAUUGGCCUGGUCCAGAACCCCGAGGGGCAGCCUGAGGAUGUUCAGGGUGGCUCAGCUUUGGGCCCUGUGAGUCCCCUGGGACCGGAGGUGGCUGCGGGAGAAGACCCAGCUGCAGGGGCCUUCCAGGGCUACCUGAAGCAGACCCGGUGCCCGGAGGGGAGGGCAGCCGAGGCGGGCGGCCUGGAAGAAGAGUCCUCCUCAACAGAUGGCCUUGGCCCCAAAUUCAAGACAUGCGUGGACGCUGAGGUGGACUGGCCUCUACCAGCCCUGGCCAAGGGCUAUUUGAAACAGGACCCCCCAGAAAUGACUCUCACUCCCUCAGGGGCCCCAGCUGGACAGUGGAACCCACCAACUGAGGAUUGGUCACUCCUGGGCUUGACCCGCUGUGGUGGCCUUGGAGCAUCUGACUGGAGCUUUGCCCACGACCUUGCCCCUCUGGACUGUGUGGCAGCCCCAGGCGGUCUCCUGGGCAGCUUUGACUCAGACCUGGCCGCCCUGCCACUCAUCUCCAGCCUGCACUCAAGUGAGUGACUCGGGCCAGAGGGCUGCUUUUGGUUUCCGCUGCACCCUGCCUGGACCCAGAGGGGCCCCAGGGGAUGAAAGUGAAGCACGAGGCCAGUCUGGGCACUUUUCUGCAAGCGUAGUGAGGCCAGCGCCAGGCCUGGUAAGUGUCCAGGGCAGGAGGACACUCAACUAGCACAGGGUACAUGUGUGGCAUUGGCCUCCUCUGCAGACGGGGCCCUGCAGACUCUGGCGGAACUGAGAAGGGCAGGGCAGAGAUCUCCACCUCCUUGGGAUGCUUCCCAUAGUGUAAAGGACUGCUUGCUCAGGGGAAUCAUGGGGCCUUUUGGAGUCGUGGUGAGGCUACCAGGCUGAAGUCAGCUCAGAGAGCCAGGCCGCCCUGCUGAGGCCAGCCACGUGUCAGGGCCUCCAGCAGGAUAGAGGGCCGAGAGGAUGGAGGCUUCAGGGCCUCGCUGCAGGGGCCAUUUCUAGGAGGUAAAAGAGGGAGCAGGGGUCAAAGGGAGCUGAGAUGCAGAAGGGGGCUUCUGGCUCAGAAUCCAGUGCUCUGGGGAUGGCUUGUGUCCAUCUGCAGACAGCACCCUCUUUCAAGCAACUAGAGCAGCAUCCCCCUGGGGCACUUGGAGUGGCCAAGCCAUGCACUACCCUUACCCUGCUGCCCACACCAUCUUGCUGACAGUACCAGCGAAACCAUGGGUGUUUGUACUGGUCAAAACUCAGGCCUUCAGGUGGCCUCUAGGCUUGGACGCCACCUUAUCUGCCCAAGAGGGUCAGGGUUAGGACCUGCACUGUGUUUGCUGCUGACAUCCAGCUAUAGGACAGGACACUGGGGUAGGGUCUCUGUUCAAUGAUCAGCUGUGCGACCUUGGGCCAGCCACUUCUCAGAGGGCCUCAGUUAUCCCAUCUGUGAUGUAAAGAAUCUCUAGGGGACCCUUCUAGAUGAUGGAUGGAUGAUAGCCAAGCUGGCUUCUGGGGUAACAUCUCCAACCCCAACUGACCCUGGGUAGGGAGGAAGCCAUGCCUUCACAGAGCUGGCUUCUUUCCCAUGCCGCAGGCUAACUGAUGUAGCAAGAGUGCAUGGCAUUGUGCUGAGAGAACAACCAGACCCUGGGCCCAGAGAGGGGGCAGGUGUGGGCCCUGCUUCCCCACAGUCAGUUUAGAAUCUGUCUGCAAAGCCAGUUUACAAUCCGUGGGCAGGGAACCUGGGAGGGGUGACAGGCCUGGGGCGUGCCCACCGCCCAAGUCAUCUUCGGCCCUGUGUUCUCCGUGGCAUUCUGGGAAUAGACAUCAGGCCCAGGGAAUCCAGCCAGAGCCCCUUCCACUCUGCCAGGAAGCUCGUAGGCGCCAGUCCGAUAAUAACUCCCUCUAGAAACAGGCUUGAAGGAGGGGUUUCUCAGCGUUUCCUUGGAAGGUUUAUUUAUUUAUUUUGUUCAUUUAUUUAUUGAAGAGGCAGCAAGAUACAGGGAAAGAGUUCUGGGUAUUUCGAUAGCCUAGGAGUUCUCAUUCUGAUUUCACUGUUUCUAGCCGUGUGACCGUGGGAAAGCCACUUUUCCUCAUCUGUGAAACCAGAAAACGUUGUCUGACUUGUUUCAUUCAUAAGGGUGUGAGGUUCCACUGACGACGAGGAUGUGAAUGUGCCUUGAACGCAGGCUCUGUAAAUGAGUGACAUGUGUUCUUUCUUCCAAUAAAUUGUCAGAACCA